GAGCUCUUACAACGCCUUACCCUGUGGGAAGUGGCGAAUGAGCUGGUGGAGCAUUUGGAGGACCGGUACAUCCACGGGCUCUACGCGAGCAACACUAACAUCUACGCCGCGUGCGCCCAGUGCCGACGGCCUCUGGGUCCUGGAUCCGGAGGCACAAAGGGCGUGAUGUCCGCCUCCAGCCCUGGCUCCGCCACGUCCUCCUCGACACCGACUCCUUCGCCCUGGUGUGGCAAGUGCCGAGCGUUGGUCUCACAAUGUGCCCUGUGCCUCCAACCUGUGCGAGGAGUUUAUGUGUGGUGUCCUGGCUGCGGGCACGGCGGGCAUAUCGAUCAUCUCCAGGAAUGGUUCGCCGCCAACUCGGAGUGCCCCACGGGAUGUGGACAUCGUUGUCAUCACGGAGGAAAAUGAAUGUGACGGCAGGUCUGAGGAAAAGAGAAGGAAGGUUUGAGGAAAUUUUGGCGAUACGAUUUGAUAUGACAGAGAGAGAGAGAGAAGGGAUUCUGGCUUUCUUCACCGAGUUGGCAUACAGGGGCGUGUGCUGCCGGGAUGUCAUGGCCAUGAACUAGCUGUUAGGAUUAGGGUUAGGGCCUGUACGAUACCAAGAGAAGAACGCGGGAUCAGGCCGUGGCUACUGAAUUGAUGGAUGCUAAGGGGCCGACAUUGUACAUAGACUGUGGUAAUUGAGCAUACAAGAUGCACACAAAAGGUUUGGAGCACAAUCGGACGCACAAGACCCAAAGAAUAAAAC